AUGAUCAAGAUAUUUGGCACAAUAGUGUUCUUCUUCUAUCACUAUGCACUACUACUAUUCUUCUCAGUAGUCUAUGUGUUCUGCAUGGCAUUCAAGUCAUCAGUGGCACUCAAAUCAACUCUACUCAAUAGGAUACCAGUGGAGGAUAGAAAGAGAGUUGUUGUGGUUGGAGGUGGAUUCUCUGGAAGUAUGGUGGCACAACAGUUGGAGAAUGACUUCCAGGUGACAUUGAUCGAUACAAAGGAUUACUUUGAAUUCACUCCAAGUAUAUUGAGGACAAUCGUUGAGCCUACACAUAUCAAGAGUAUACAGGUGCUCCAUUCACAUUAUCUAAAGCAUACCAAUGUCGUCCAGAAAGAGGUGACCGGUGUGCACAAGGGCGAGGUGGUGCUGGACGACCGCACCGUCCCCUUUGACUACCUGGUGCUCAACUCGGGCUCCAGCUACAACUCCCCAUUCAAGGAGUCGUCCGUCGUGGCAUCAGCUCGCGCCAACACAUUGCGCGAGAACUACUAUCACAUUCGCAAGCUCAAGAAGAUAUUGAUCAUUGGCGGUGGCAUUGUCGGCGUCGAGCUGGCGGCCGAGAUCGUCAGUCACUUCUCGGGCAAGGAGGUUACGCUCAUCCACUCGCAGUCCAAACUGAUGAAUCGCUUCCCCAAAAAGGCCAUUCGCCAUGCCGAGCAAUAUCUCGUGGAUCAUGGCGUGCGCAUCGUUCACAACGAGCGCGUCAUUGCCCACAAGGGCAACAUCUUCAUCACAGACCAGGGCAGCGAGAUCAUCGCCGACCAGGCAUUCCUGUGCACGGGAAUUGUGCCCAACUCUGACUUUGUCAAGAAGACCUUCCCCGACGCCAUCUCAGAGUUUGGCUACAUCAAGGGCAAUGAGUACCUUCAGAUGUCUGGCGCAACAUUCUACCGCAACAUUUUUGUCUCGGGCGAUGUGCUCAAUGUGCGCGAGGAGAAGCUGGCGCAGACGGCCGAGAACACGGCCAGUGUCGUCGUCAACAACAUCUACGCAAUGGAGGCGCGCAAUGAGAACGCCCUGCAAAAGUACCGCUCUGGCGCCAAGCCCAUCCUCAUCAGUCUUGGCAAGUUCAACAGCAUCCUCGUCUACAAAGAUUGGACACUCACAGGCUUCCUCCCUGCACUCAUGAAGGAGUUUGUCGAGUGGAAGACUAUGAUCAGAUAUUGGUAG